AUGGCAUCAUCAUCACCCGUCCCAAGUGCGGUAACCCCGCCCUUUGACGAAAUCUCCCAGAACCUCACCAACUUCACCAACCUCACAGCCGCCGGCAACGCCACAGCAGACGCGCUCUCGCCGCAAUGGACCCUCUUCCACAUCGCAAGCUUCCUCACAAUGGAGGGCAAGCUGAUCCUAAGCGCCCUGGCCAUCAUCUACAUCGGCGCCCACGGCUCCCUGCGCCGGCCCCCCUCCGCGGCGCCCCCGAAACGUAAGAAGGGCGAGAAGGGCGACCGGAAAGAGGACGAGCCCGUCACCGAGGGCCUGAUGCCCUCCGACGCCAUCGUGUUCCCGCUGCUCGCCGGCACCAUGCUGAUCGGCCUCUACUACCUCAUCCAAUGGCUUCAGGACCCCGCUAUUCUGAACAAGAUCUUGCGGGUGUACAUGUCCGUCAUGGGCGUCGCGAGUUUGACGACGCUGAUGGCGCACUCGUUGAGGGUCGGCGCUGGAUUCGUGUUUCCGGGUUGGGUGCGGGAGGGGGGUGUUUUGUGCCGGGUUGACGAUGAUCGGGAGGCGUUGGUCAGGGUCAACGAGGAGGAGGACGAUGCGGCGGAGGCUUCGCUGAGCCGGAGUCCCCUUCCUUCGGGCCUGCGGAGGAUCGCGGCUGUAAACUCGGCCAGGGUGAAUCGCUUCCUGUGGGAUGUCCGCCACCUCUUGACGGACGACUGGACCGUUAGAGCCAAGGUCCACGCCGUGUUCCGGGAGAAGUUCCACCUCUCCGUGAACCACAUCCUCGGCUUCUUCCUGGCUUUUGCGACGGUUUCGGCGUAUUACAUGACUGGAUCGCCUCUUCUUUCCAACAUCAUGGGCUAUGGCUUCUGCUACGGCUCGUUCUUGAUCAUGUCGCCGACGACGUUCGCGACUGGAAGCUUGGUACUGAUGGGUCUUUUCUUCUACGACAUUGUCAUGGUCUUCUACACGCCUUACAUGAUCACCGUCGCCACCAAGCUCGACGUCCCCAUCAAGCUCCAGUUCCAGUCUGCUGCUAGAUCCAGCAUUCUCGGUCUCGGAGACAUUGUGGUCCCGGGCAUCGUCAUGUGUCUCGCCCUCCGCUUCGACAUGUGGCUCCACUACAAGCGCCAGAUCAAGUACGUCCCGACGGACCUGAAGUCGGACAAACACGACGCCAACUCCGGAGACGUCGUCACCGUCAGCGAGACGCAGCACAUGGCGCAGAAGCCCACUUGGGUCGACAUCGCCGGCUGUUGGGGCGACUGGUUCUGGUCGUCCUCCUGGUCCGGCCUCUUCAAGGGUGACGAAGCCACUGCACCGACCGUCCGCGGAUCGACGUUCAGCAAGACCUACUUCAACGCCUCGCUGAUCGGAUACACCGUCGGCAUGCUCGUCACGCUGGCCAUGCUGACCAUCUUCAAGCACGGCCAGCCCGCGCUGCUCUACCUCGUCCCCGGCGUCCUCGGGUCCCUUUGGCUGACAGGUCUGGUUCGCGGCGAGCUAAGGGAGAUGUGGGAGUACACCGAGGACGGCAGCUUGGAUACGAAGGAUGUUGUGGUCGAGCUUGAUGGCAACGGCAACGUCAUCAAGGAGGUCAAGAAGGAUGAUGGCAAGGACGGAGAGGCGAAGCGUAAGGAGGAGGAGGACAAGCAGAAGACGGAGGAUGAGAAGGCGGCGGAGGAGAAGAAGAUUGCGGAGCGGAAGGAGGCUGAGAGGGAUGCCGAGAGGAAGGAGUAUAGUAUAGUGUCGUUCUCGAUUACUGCUCCGCUUAGAAAGUCGGAGAGCCAUUAG